CAGGCACACAACGGGGAAGGGAGUCGCUGUUUAGCCCAAGAAGUCGUCUCUGCUUCAAGCGUCCAAUUCUAGAAAGACUCGGCGAGGUCGAAGUCGAAUAGUAUUGAUCGUAUUCGUGUCUCUGCAACCGCAAGCGAACCGACUUUAAGAGUCUGGAUAAUCGUUUUCCUCUCUCUCUCUCUGGAGCGGUGGAGUCUUUCGUGAUCGUGUUACUUUCUUUCAUGGCCACGUUGUUGCUAUGUUGCUCGGUAACAGUAACAUUACACUUUUCCUUUUCAGUCCUGCGAGAAACAGACACUUCAUAGUUACAGAGCACCUCCCUCCCUGCUCCUCUCUCGGACCCAAACGUUCUUCAGAACACUCUUCUGCUUUCGGUCACUUACAGCGGCAGAAGAAGUAAAAGCAGAAGUUACCGAGAUGAGGCUUUACGUGUACGUAUUAGAAGGUAAGGAUUUGUCUGUGAAGGAUUCCGUGGAGGGCUUCUAUGUCAAGCUUCGGGUUGGCAAGUAUAAGUCCCGGACCAGAGUCGUGAAUAAAGCCCUGAACCCUGUCUGGUACGAGGAGUUCGUAUUCAGCAUCCAUGACCUGGAUGAAGAGAUUAUCGUCUCCCUCUUCCACCCUAACGAUUACCACGGCUUCUUCAAUGUCUCCAGCAAUUUAAUCGGUCGUGUUCGGGUUCCGCUUUGGUCCGUCCUCGCCGAGGAGAAGAACGCCCUGCCUCCAACUUGGUUUUCUCUCGAAAAAUCGAAGUCCGCUAAAGCCGUGGAGAAGGACUGUGGUAAAAUUCUCCUAACUUUGUGUUUGUGUGGAAGAAUCAAUGACACAUCCAACAUUCACACUUUCUUGCGUUCAGGAUCCAACACCAAAGACCUAAAAGAACAGGUAGAUCCAGCUGAACAAUCUCAGGGCAUGCUUAGCUCGGUAGCUUCUUUCAGGAAAAUCCCAGAAUGGAAGCAACUGGUCAAGGUUAUUGCUAGCUGGUUAGAAAGGCUUCUCAAUAAGAAUGAGGAAACUGUGACAUGCAAAUCAACAACUGAUUAUUCUUCAGAAUUAUAUAGCACAACUUCUGAUUAUCAGGACUCCAUGGAUGAACCUACCCCAGGUUGUAGUUUUGAGGAAGCUAUUGAUUUGAUAAAAUCAAGAGAUGAAAAACAAGAAUUACCAGAGGAUUUGCCAGGAGGCAUUCUUCUUGACCAAACGUAUAUGGUUUCAUCAAGACACCUGAAUUCCAUCCUGUUUGAACCCAAUUCACAGUUUAAGAAAGAUCUUGCUGAACUUCAGGGUAUUACGGAUUUACAAGAGGGACCUUGGACCUGGAAAUUGGGGAAGAUAUUAACCAGAGUUAUCACCUACACAAAGCCUGCAACGAAACUAGUUAAGGCCAUCAAAGCCACAGAAGACCAAACUUAUCUCUAUGCAGAUGGACGGGAAUUUGUUGUCUUGACGGAUGUGAGCACACCAGAUGCUCCAUAUGGACAUUAUUUCAAAAUGGAGUUCCUGUACAGGAUAAUGCCUGGACCAGAGUCAUCAGUGGGGGAAGAAUUCUCACGCCUAGUAGUAUCAUGGAAUAUUAACUUCUUACAAAGAACAGUAAUGCGAAGAAUGAUUGAAGGACGAGUCCAGCAGGGAAUGAAGGAAAGCAAUGAACAGUUUGCACGCUUGUUGUCUCAGAAAAUUAGGCCAAUUGGUUCCACAGCCCUGUUGGACAAGGAACAGAUGUUGGCAAAAUUGCAGCAAGAGCACCAGUCAAAUUGGGAGUUGGCAAUUGAAUACUUUUGGAAUUUCAAUGUGGUUUCCACUAUUUUCAUGGUUUUGUAUGUUCUGUUGCAUAUUUUCCUCUCUGGACACGGAAUACAAGGUUUGGAGUUUAAUGGGCUGGAUUUGCCCGACACUUUUGGAGAGUUAAUCACCUGUGGAAUCUUGGCCCUUCAAGUAGAGCAUGUUUUUAAUAUGAUCUCACAUUUUGUUCAGGCUAGAUUAAAAAGAGGAAGUGACCGUGGAGUCAAAUCCCGAGGUGAUGGAUGGGUGCUUACGGUAGCUUUAGUCGAAGGGAACAACUUAGCAUCACUGGAUUCAACCGGAUUAUCAGAUCCCUAUGUAGUUUUUACCUGCAAUGGUAAAAGUAGAACAAGUUCCAUUAAACUUCAAACUUCUGAUCCUCAGUGGAAUGAAGUACUGGAGUUUGAUGCAAUGGAGGAGCCACCAUCAGUGCUGGAUGUGGAAGUUUUUGAUUUUGAUGGUCCAUUUGACCUGGAUGCCUCACUUGGGCAUGUUGAGAUCAACUUUCUAAAGCACACGUCCACAGAACUGGCUGACAUGUGGGUCACCCUUGAGGGAAAACUUGCACAGAUAUCUCAAUCCAAGCUUCACGUAAGAAUUUUCUUGGAGAAUAGCAAAGGAGUUGAAACCGUUAAAGAGUACUUGACAAAGAUGGAGAAGGAAGUCGGGAAGAAGUUAGAUCUCCAGACACCUUACAGGAAUUCAACUUUCCAGAAGAUCUUUGGGCUGCCACCAGAAGAAUUCCUGAUUGAUGAUUUCUCAUGCUCACUGAAGAGAAAGAUGCCCUUGCAGGGCCGUCUUUUCCUGUCUGCAAGAAUAAUUGGGUUUUAUGCAAACCUGUUUGGACAUAAGACCAAAUUCUUUUUUCUGUGGGAGGACAUUGAAGACAUUCAACUGAUCCCCCCUUCUCUGUCAUCGGUUGGUAGCCCAUCACUCAUUAUAAUUCUGCAUAAGGGUCAAGGUCUUGAUGCAAAACAUGGUGCAAAAUCUCAAGAUGAAGAAGGCAGGCUCAGAUUCCACUUUCAAUCAUUUGUCUCAUUCAAUGUGGCCAGCAGGACAAUCAUGGCCUUGUGGAGAACAAGAACUUCAAUUCCUGAGCAAAAAGAUCAAAUAGAAGAAACCCAUAAGGACCAUGAUGGAAAACCUUUUCUGAUUGGAGAUACUGGUUCCUUUUGGGGUCUAGAAGAUAUGAACAUGUCCAAGAUUUACUUUGCAGAGCUUCUUGUACAUAUAGAAUUACUGAUGGAAGUGUUUGGUGGAGGAGAUUUGGAGCAUAGAGUGAUGGAGAAAUCUGGGUGUCUUAACUAUGCAACAACGCCAUGGGAAGCCACAAAACCUAACGUGUAUGAGCGACAUAUUUGUUACAAGUUCAACCACCAUGUUUCAAUUUAUGGAGCGGAAGUUAUCAGCAUACAGCAAAAAUCUCCAACUGAAGAUGGUAAUGGGUGGACAGUGGUGGAGGUUAUGACUCUCCAUGAAGUCCCAUUUGGUGACUACUUCCGUGUCCAUUUGAAGUAUCAGAUCAAGACCACCAUUGUUGCUUCCGGUGCAUGUCAGUGUGAUGUUUACAUUGGGAUAGAAUGGCUCAAAACCACCAAGUUGCAGAAGAGGAUCACUCGAAACAUAACCGAGAAGUUCACUCAUCGAUCCAAGGAUAUCUUUGAACUAGUGGAGGAAGAAAUUCAUGGUUAAGUUAAACCUGGCAAACGAUGCACCACUGAACAACUUGUAGUUCUUUGGUGGUUGAAUAUCUAAAACUGAACAGGGGAGAGAAAACUGUGUCGGUUCCAUUUGAUUAUUGAGAGCAUAUAUAGAGAAUACAAGUUCACCGAUGUGGUGGAAUCAACAUA